CGUCACCGCGACCCCCUCGAGGCUGCUGUUCUUCGCGCCCGCCCGCCGCGCGUCGCUGCCUAAGGAGAUGGAAGUCCCGGCCGCCGACGCCAUCAUGUCGCCCGAGGAGGAGCUGGACGGGUACGAGCCGGAGCCUCUCGGGAAGCGGCCGGCUGUCCUGCCCUUGCUGGAGCUGGUCGGGGAGGCCAGUAAUGGCCCCGGCACGGACGGCUCACUCCCCUCCACGCCGCCCCCAUCAGAAGAGGAGGAGGAGGACGAGCUGUACCGGCAGUCGCUGCAGAUUAUCUCUCGGUACCUUCGGGAGCAGGCGACCGGCGCCAAGGACGCGAAGCCGCUGGGCGGGCCGGCGGCCACCAGCCGGAAGGCGUUGGAGACCCUGCGGCGCGUCGGGGACGGCGUGCAGCGCAACCACGAGACGGCCUUCCAAGGCAUGCUUCGGAAGCUGGACAUCAAAAACGAAGACGACGUCAAAUCUUUAUCUCGAGUGAUGGUUCACGUUUUUAGUGACGGAGUAACAAACUGGGGCAGGAUUGUGACUCUUAUUUCUUUUGGUGCCUUUGUGGCCAAACACUUGAAGAGUAUAAACCAAGAAAGCUGCAUCGAACCAUUAGCAGAAAGCAUCACAGAUAUUCUCGUAAGGACAAAAAGAGACUGGCUAGUCAAACAAAGAGGCUGGGAUGGGUUUGUGGAGUUCUUUCACGUAGAGGACCUAGAAGGCGGCAUCAGAAAUGUGCUGCUGGCCUUUGCAGGUGUUGCUGGCGUGGGAGCUGGUUUGGCAUAUCUAAUAAGAUAGCCUUUUAAGUGAAACAGUUGACUCUUAACCCACUCCAGGCGCCAAAUCCACAUAUGACCACUGUGAAAUCAAUGUAUUUAUGAAGUUGGACUUCAAGCUGUCCAGGCUGUAACCUCCAAGCAACGUAGAAGAGCAAGUGGCGAGAGGAUUAUGGCUAACAGGAAUAAAUACAUGAGGAAAUGGUCGCCGUUGGAGGGUCACUGUCUGAAAGAAGCAAAGUUCAGUUUCAGCCACAGGCAAAGUUGUUUGAGUAGCCAUGGAGGAGGACUUACUAGAUUUAGUGGAGACGGUAGGAUGGAGAGACUUGAUAGCCUUGUCUAGAACAGGAGAGUGGCCAGUAGCCAGGCUAGUCAUAGAGUUUAUUAAAUAGGCCCACUGAAUUCGAUAACUUCCUGGAGUGUUCAAAGUGAAGCACUAACAAUGCCAGUGAUGAGUGUAAAGUGGAUUUAAGCUACAGUAGUACUAUGACUAGAAGCCUCAGUACUGUACAACAGAGAGGAAGAAAAGCUUUUCCUCUUUAUUAUUAGCUUUCCCAGGUGUGCUUCUUGAGGAUUGCAAAGUCCAAGUGCUCAGGACUUUUAUACCUGUUCUACUUUGGCAUGGACUGAAUGAUUCGUAGUUUGUUAGCCUAGAAUGGCCGAUAAUACUUGACUUCAGGCUCGAUAAUUACAAUUACAAAUGUAGAAGCAGCCUCAGUUUUUAAAGAUGACAACUUAUAAAUGUAUUUGUCUGUAAAAAUUGUAUAUAUUUUUACAGAAAGUCUAUUUCUUUGAAAUGUAAAGUGAGGAAAUUGAAUUCUGUUAUUUUUGUCAUACCCUUUUGAAAUUUACCACUUCUGUAGUUAGGAAACUGUUUCUUAGCGCUUUUCUAUUCUAAACUUUAUCCUGGUCAGUUCUAGAUUGUAUACAGAACCAACCGAUGUAAUUGUAUGCAACCCUGGUUGUAGUGGGACAGUUCUGAUUCAUAACUAUGCAGUCUUUAAUUUUCCUAUCUGAUUUUGGUAAGUAUUCCUUAGAUAGGUGUUUUCUUGUUUUGUUUUAAUUUGGGGCUGAGAAAUUGAGGGGUGGACAGUAAUCUUUUCACUUCAUCACCCACAGGUUUUCAGUAAUUGAGUCAAGGUGGAGUUUAAAGGGUUGGGGCUGAGGCCAAUGAUUUACAAAUAAUGGGUUCUGAUUGGGCAACUACUCCUUUGAGUUCUUUCCCUUUGACGUAACUUAAAUAGUGAGAUUUGUGUUCCCUGAGCUCAUCUGCAAAGCUUUUUAAAAGAUUUUCAGCUGUUCCAAAUGGGACUUAGUAGCAGUAUGUGUAUAAAAAGAUCACAUCAGGUGGGUGAGAGACAUUUGAUCCCUUGUUUGCUUAAAUAAGUUGUAAAAUGAUGGCUUGGAAAAGCAGGCUGUCGUCUAACCAUGGUGCUAUUUUAGGCUGGCUUGUUCAACACAGGUCUAAGCCUAGUACGUCAAUAAAGUAAAUACUUAUUUUCACUUCUAUUCAUGAUUCCCCAACUUCGUUUCAGAUUUCUGCACUGGCAUCUCUCCAGAUUUCAGACUCGAUAAUCUGUUGAACUUACCGUUUCCUGUCCCUUCUUGAAAUAGUUGCUGUUUGUUCAUCUCCCUCUACAGAUACUUAGAUCAGUCCCUACAUACCGACCCUGCCGUCCCUGAACUCCAGCCCAUGUCCUUUUGGCACUAGGAGCUAAGUAACUUCCCUCCAGGAGUCCACAGACCUCUUCAGCCUUUGUGAAUUUUAUGGGAAGUGAUAGUACAAUGGGCUCUGUGACAGUAACAGUUGUGAGGUGGGAGGUGUUCCUUUUUGUUGUGGCUUUAUCAUCCUGCCUGUAGGGGGAAAGUUCAAAAAGUCCCCUUAGGAAUUUUCAGAGGGGACGGUAUCUUAAAUGACUUUCCCUAGGUUCCUUUGAAUUUGAAUGCGAUCACUUAAAAUUACAGAACUAGGGCUCUGUUAAGCCUCAGAGUGCUAUAAUAAAGCUCCUGGGUAAACUGAAGAAAGCGCCAGUGUUGGAACUGAGCUUCAUCCUCAGAACGUGACCUUUAGUCUGUGGACUCCAGAUAAAAAUAGGCGUGAAGAACAUGACUAAGAAUGUAAUGGGGAAGAACGCCCUGCCCGCUGUCUCUGUAAGGUCAUCUAGCUAGGGCUAUUUUUACUUAUGUAUUUAUCGUUCUUGAUCAUAAACCACUUAUUUAUAUCACUUCUGUCUCUAAGGACCUAAAAGCACUUUAUGUAGUUUUAAAAUUAAUCUUAAGAUCUGGUUAAGGUGACUAAAAGGCUUGUCUCCCCAUAUCCAGUUGUGGAAAGAAGGGCAUAGACGUAAACUGGUGGAGUUUAGGGGCCCCGGGUCCCUAUUUACUGGGUGUGACUGCCGGAAGAACGAGGGUCUAAGUUGGCAAUUUGGGUCAGGGGCUGCAAGGCUUAACGGGGUGCCCGAGUGCUUUGGAGAAGGGAGGGUGGUUUGUAGGGAGAGGAGGCACGUGUUGGAAGUGCUGACCAGCUGCACACUCCAGGCAAAGCCGCCCAAGUGGAAAGGGAGGGGCUGCUUGGAAGGUGGCUCUUGGCAGUUUCUCUCUCAGCUUCUCUCAGGGAAAAACCUGCAGUCCUCGCGCCGUCCACGUACUUUCUGUCGGGGGUGAACAGCUUGGUUCUGGUUAAACAGCUAAUGCAGUCGACAGCUGUGCCAGGAGGGGUUAGGACCAAUUACCAGUUAAUGUGGGCUGUAAAAUAGUGUGUUUCCCUAACUUCCUGUUUUUUUCCAGAGAAGAAAAUAAUAAAUCUUUUAUUCAAA